AUGAGGUUAACAGCAUCUCGUGCAUUUGAACAAUACACCUGUCUGGGAUUUUUAAAACAGAUUAUUCGACGACCCGGUGGAUUGUAUGAUUUGUCUAAUUUUUUGACAGAAUUACUUAAUCGAUUCUUAAAUACUUCACAAUCUCAUAUCUGGAGUGAAUUAGAACUGUACUAUUAUGAACUUACAAUUCGUCAUUUAUGCCAUCAAAUAUGGAUUGAAUUGGCUACUAUCAAUGAGUUGAAUAGUGAGCACUUUGAUAAAACUGAAUAUAUCGGUGUAAAGAAUUGGUUAGAGGCAUGGAUAUAUCGUGUACAAGAAGUCUAUCGAUUAAUAGUCAAUCUAUGGCAGGAUAAAAUGAAUCAAUUUCAAGACAAUUUACAUAUUCUCAUUAUCAAUCAGUGGUGUGAUUAUGUCACAGAUUGUAUUGAUGAAUCUGAAUUAUCUGAAAUGCGUCGAAAUGACUUUCCUCCUGUCAACGCUUUUCUCCCCAGUCAUCAAACUUCACAAGAAUCACAAUCACAGCGACAACAAAAACUUGACAACAAGCCUUCAAAGAAAGAAAUUCAUUUUUCUCUUCUUUGGUCUUUAUUGUGCGAUGCUGAAAUGAUUCAAGAGAAGUGUAGUGUUCAGUUAGAAAAACUACCCUCAAAAGGUGUGUACUUCUCAAAAACUCUACAGAAGUUGAAAAAGCAUUUAGAUGUGUAUAUAAAAAAUCUAACCACGUCAUCAUCACCGUCGUCAUCCCCGUCAUUAUCAAAUGUCAUUCCACAGUCAAAAUCGUUUGAUACCAGUCAUAACUCUCUCUCAUAUCUAAUACAACAGUUGGAGUAUAGUCUACACAGUCUUCCUGUGCAUUAUCGUGUGUUUUGGUUAGAGGUAACCAACGAUACUGGAAGUGUUACACAUCAAUCGGAUCAAUUACGCGUAAUCCUACAAGAGUUACGGCAAUUACGGAAUUUAUGUGAACGUAAUUGUAUGCUGUGUAAGCAGUCUUUAAGCCUUCUGCAUAAAUUAAGCCUAUCUAGCUUAGAACAACAUGAAUUAUUUGCUGUUAAGAAUAUGCUUCAGUUAUUGAAUACCUGGAAUUAUGGUUAUUCUAUUUUACGUCAGUCAUUAGAACGUGUUAUUCGAGCCGGUGAAGUUGUUGAAUCGGAAAGAUAUCCACUAAGAACACUAAAUACCAGUGAAUUACGUUCAGAAUCAAUUCAAAUGUUGAAACAGAAACAAGCCUUUAUUGAAGCAGUGCAAUUCGGUUUAGAGACUAUACGACUUCAAAUGAAGUCGACUUCAGUUAAACUGCACGAAUAUGAUACCACUUCAAAAUUAAUCGAUCAUAAGACAAAAUUUCAACAUCUAUUGGAAUCACUGAAAAGCUUGUAUCAUAGCAUAUUAAAUGAUGAUAGACUGAAAACUACUAAUAGAUCUGAGAUACCUGAUGAUGAUCUGAAUUGUUUAGUAAUAGCUAGAACAAAACAAGCUAUUGAACUGAGUCAAUUAUGUCGUAAAAUGGAUCAAGUCAAUUGGAACACUGCAUGGGAUGGUUUUCUAGAGUUUACAAAUGAAGCAAAGGUUGAUAGUGGAAACUCCAGUCGCUGGAUAGUAUACUUUCUUCAACAUUGUCAUGCAUUUUCAUCAAAAAUCAAUAUGGAGGAAGUCUAUCAGUGUCAAAUAAACCAAUUAGAAGAGAUUAUGCAUGAUUGGACCGGUUGGAUUAAAAAGUAA